CUUGCCUUACCUCGCCAAUUACAAAAUAUAAAAUGCUCCUCGCUUUUGGUUUGGGGUUAAACUUGGCAUGCUCCUUACGCUUUCUUCCUCCCAAACCCUAAUCACUUCGCGUACGAUCGCAUCCAACCGUGUGAUCAGAUCGCCAUCGCUGCCGAUCAGGUCAUCGCUCUUAUAUUUCACGAUUGCGAUUGUUCUCGACGUCGUCGUUUUGUAGUUGUAAGGAGUAAUGUCUUUUGCACGUAACUAUCGUUCACAAGGGGGCACCACUGGUGAAGAGUAUUGGCCCACCUUUGGUAGAAAUGACUUCAAAAACUUCCACAACUUCAACCACCGGAACAACAACAACUGGAACAGGAGCAGGACCAGUAGCUUUGCUAAGAAUUAUAACAAUUUCCCCAAUUUCCAGAAUUACGUGGGUGGUUAUAAGGAGCACGCUGAUAAUUCUAAUUAUUUCAAUCCUGACAGUGCACCAUCGUUUAAGAGGAGAAAAUUUUCAGAUUCUACUUGGGGUGAUGGUGGGAGACAUUAUCUGCCACCCAACACAUAUGAGUUUUUUGUCUCGUCUGCCUGCAAUAAUUAUCUUCCUUAUGCAAGAUCCAACGGUGAUGCCUCUGCAUCUACUACUGGUAAACGUGACCGCUCAAAAUUAGAUGAGGAUGAACUGCCCUUUAUGUCAAGGGAUGAGAUAGAGAGAUGCUCCCCGUCUAGAAAAGAUGGUAUAGAUUCAGUACGUGAAGCGCACUUGCGCUACUCAUAUUGUUCUUACCUUCAGAAUCUUGGAUUGCGGCUUGACUUGCCCCAGACUACUAUCGCUACAGCAAUGGUUCUCUGCCAUCGGUUUUUUGCCCGGCGAUCACACGCUUGCCAUGAUAGAUUUUUGAUUGCUACUGCCACUCUUUUCCUAGCUGCAAAGUCCGAGGAGACACCACGCCCUUUGAAUACUGUGUUGAGAAUGUCUUCUGAGAUUUUCCAUAAGCAGGAUAUCAGUUUCUUGUCCUAUAUGCUCCCCAUUGACUGGUUUGAGCAGUAUCGGGAACGGGUGACUGAGGCUGAGCAAAUGAUACUGACCACUCUAAAUUUUGAACUUGGUGUGCAGCAUCCAUAUGCACCACUUACGUCUAUUCUUAACAAAUUAGGUCUCUCACAAACUGUUCUGGUGAAUCUGUCCUUAAGCUUGGUCAGUGAAGGGCUUCGGAGUUCUCUGUGGCUCCAGUUCAAACCGCAUCAUAUUGCGGCAGGAGCUGCCUACCUUGCCGCAAAGUUUCUAAAUUUGGAUCUUGAUUCUUAUAAAAAUAUAUGGCAGGAAUUCCAAGCUACACCAGAUAUUCUUCAAGCCGUUGCUCAGCAGUUGAUGGAACUCUUCUAGAUGGAUGGAGCAUGUUGUUACGCUAGUUUCUGUGUAUAAAAUUCGGAUCGGGGAAAACAUACUCGACUUUUGCAGAGGUAUGGUGUGAGGAGACGAGGAGAAACGCCAAGAUAUGAUAUCGUUUCUCGCGACUGCUUUCCUCUUGAACCUCUUGAAGGCUUAAAAAGUAUAGUUUUUAAUGUUUUGUAACUUUUCGGAGUGGUAGCGUACAUAUUAAUGACAAAAUCGCUACAACGUUUUUCUUA